CCGAGUUCUUUCCUGUAAUAUUUACUUUCGUGACGUCACAAUUUUGGGUAUCGUGUUUCGCCUUUUAGUUUGCAUUAGCCGUAGUUAUGCGGGAUUAGGGCCUCUUUAUUCCAAUUUUUAUUCUUAAGCCACCAAUUAUCAAAAACUCCUAAAGUGAAUUCGGUCCAUCUUGAAAAAUCUUCUCGUGAAGGCAACAAAGAACACCAAGUAAAAUAACCACAUUAAAUCGGCAUCCCUUACAACCCGAUCGUAUUUCUUUAGUUACACAAUCCGGGAUAGCGCAAGUGUCAUACGAGCCGCACGUCCCUUCAAUAGAAAGAACUAUGGCAUCUAGCCCUCUGAAUGUCUUCAAGCAACCCCUUAGGCUAUUCUCUCGCCAGCCCGUGACCGGCUUCUUCCGCGACGGCUACUGUCGUACCGGAGGCGGUAUCGAUCCGGGGAACCACGCCGUGGCCGGGGUGGUCACGGACGAGUUCCUCGACUAUUCGGCCUCCCGGGGCAACGACCUGAGGUCUGUCGGCCUCAAGGGCGGCUGCAAGUGGUGUCUGUGCACGGCCCGGUGGCUCGAGGCCUACCAGGCAUACCGCACCGGCAAGGUCACCGCGUUGGGCGUUCCGCGGGUCGACCUGGACGCCACCGAAGAUAGCGCGUUGAGUAUGGUUGAUUUGGACACCUUCAGGCAGUUUGCUGUUGGACAUGACCAGUCGAACGCAAUUGGUGGUAAUAGUAGCGGUGGUAAUCCCACUUCGUAAAUGUCGAUUCAAGGGAUACGUAGGUCAUUCUAGUGUUCAAAUCUCAACAUAUCACAGACGGCUUUAACCCGCCGUUUAUAUUACAUACGUCAGUGGCGGAGAACACUAUCAUCUCG